UUCUAGUCAGUAACAACAGAGCAGCUGGACACUCAACACUGAUGGCACAGAUCGGACUGUUUGUUCUCUGGAUUCAAGUUGGCUGACAGCGAUGUGUUUGUGGAGAGGCAAGACUGAACAAGAGAAACUGUGUACACACUUACAGGUGCCUGUGAACCACAACUAAAAGCAUAUUUUGUAUACAGGCAUGUUCCUGUUGUCUUCAAGCCUCAGAGACACACUGGAAACAACACUGUAAUCUGACAACUGCAACUAUGGAAUGAAUGGAGAAGAUUGCAUAAAGUAGACAUCAUCAACACGUAAAGAAAAAGCUGCUCACUAUGGAACCAAAGGGAUCCAUCACGUCCCCCAAGGACAAACCUCAACGGAGUCUGAGCACCAGCUCUGGUCUACGCUAUGGUUCUCUUGUUAACAGCGUUACAUCCCUUGCACCAGAGCUGGUGGACAAACCACCUAUAUCAAAUAGACGGGCCUACAUAGCUGUAGCUGUGCUUUGCUACGUCAACUUGCUCAACUACAUGGAGCGGUACACAAUAGCAGGUGUCCUUCCCAUCAUUCAGAAAUACUUUGACAUAAGUGACAGUACAGCUGGACUUCUACAGACAGUUUUCAUCUGCAGUUUCUUACUUUUGGCCCCUUUCUUCGGUUACCUUGGUGACCGCUACAACCGGAUAUACAUCAUGGCUGGUGGUUUGAGUGUGUGGCUUGUGACAGCGGCCGGCAGCUCUUUUGUCAAUAAGUCGAACUUCUGGCUUCUGGUGCUGCUGAGAUCUUUGGUCGGGGUAGGAGAGGCCAGCUACUCCACCAUUGCCCCCACCAUCAUUGGUGACCUCUUCACUGGGCCUAAGCGACUCAUCAUGAUCUCUGCCUUCUACAUCUUUAUCCCUGUUGGAAGCGGUCUUGGAUACAUAGUGGGGUCAUCAGUUACUCAUCUCACAGGGGACUGGCACUGGGCUCUCAGGGUCACUCCCAUCUUGGGCUUACUGGGACUUUUGUUGUUGGUGCUCUUAUGCCCAAACCCACCCAGAGGUGCUGCAGAAACCCACGGAGUCGGAGUCACAGGGAAGAGCUCUUACCAAGAGGAUGUCAAGUAUCUUUUGAAAAAUAAAAGUUAUGUGUGGUCAUCGAUGGGAGUGACAGCUAUGGCCUUCCUCACUGGAGCUCUGGCUUUCUGGGUGCCUACUUUUUUGGCCAGAGCUCAGGUCAGUGCGGGAGUCCGGCCGGUGUGUAUCAAAGAGCCCUGCAACGCCCAAGACAGUCUUAUCUUCGGCGGUGUGACGGUGGCAUCGGGCAUUCUGGGAGUGGUUCUUGGCACCAGUUUAUCCAGAUAUUUUAGGAACAAAGUGUCUUAUGCGGACCCACUCAUCUGCGCUGUGGGCAUGCUGGGAUCGACCCCCUGCCUAUUUGCUGUCAUCUUUUUGGCAUCAACUAGCAUUCCAGUUACUUAUAUAUUCGUUUUCUUGGCUGAGCUGCUGUUGUCACUGAACUGGUCCCUCCUGGCAGAUAUACUGCUGUAUGUUGUUGUACCGACCAGAAGGUCCACAGCUGAGGCUCUCCAGAUUUCAGUCUGCCAUCUUCUGGGUGACGCUGGGAGUCCUUAUCUAAUUGGAGCGGUUUCUGAUGCUAUACGCAAUUCUAACCCUGCAACUCCUCAGUGGAGCUUCCGCAGUCUGAAGUACAGUUUCCUGAUCUGCCCAUUCAUCGGAAUCCUGGGCGGAUUGUUUUUCCUCAUGACUUCCCUCUACAUUACUGAAGACAAGAAGGCAGCCCAGCAAUUGGUUGAAGGAGAUCCCCCACCAGAGAACAGUCCUGUAUCUGAGCCCCCUUUGGAAGUGAACAAUGAGAGUAACAAGUGAAGCUAAACAAGAGCAAACAUGCAAUAAAAGUAUUUGUUAAUAUGUGAAGUUGAGUAUAAAAAAUGCCGGUGUGGAGACCGGGAUGUUGAAGCUGCCUUUUUCAUCAUUUUACAGGCACACACUGAUGACAGAUACAUUUGUGUUAAUUCUCAAUGUCAGACCAAAUAGUCUGCUACCAUAUUGUGUAAAUGUACUUAAUAAAGGCUUUAAAGACGUUUACAUUUUAUAUAUGUCACCCUCUAUUCUUAGACCCUCAAAUUAGAUAAGAAUGAGCCCCCUUGCAAAAAAGUGUUAAAAAAAAGUAAACAUGUAAAUACUGUCAUUUUUUACUUAAUUUUGUAAAACAACGUGCAUCUCAUUUGCCUCAGUGUAUGUGUGUACUGUACUGUACUUGAAAAUGAAAUGCUUAUAUUUUCUUAAUUGAAAUGGGUUUUUUUAACUUUUCAAUAAAUUUGUAAUAGCAUUUGUAA